UUUGGACACACUGAGAAGGGGGGUCCGAGCGUGACUGUCAAAUCUACAUAUUCUCUCUUUCUCUCUCUAAUUUUUUUACAGAAUUCAGAGGUGUUGUGGUCUGUUCUCCUCUCCUCUAUUUCUGUUCUCUUCUGUUCCGGAGAUUCGAUUCAAUCGCCGAUCUUUUGCAGCGUUUUUCGGAUUCCGUCGUCUUCCUCUUUCAUUCAAUCUCUGUCUUAGCGCAGAAUAUAAUGUUCCAGAUUUUCAAGUAGUACUCUCAUGGCCUCAUCUUCUCUGCAUCAUUGACUGGCUUCUGUUUUUUUUUUGGGGGGGUCUUUGAGAUUCUUCUUUGGGAACUCUGAGCUUUAGGACUGGUUCUGAUCUGAUCGAAUUCUGACUCGAAAAUAAAAAUGGAGGGUGACACAUUUUCAGGGCUUGGCAAUGGUACCCAAAUUGAUGGCAAGGUUUUGCAGACAUUUCAGAAGAGCUUUGUUCAAGUCCAGAAAAUCUUGGACCAGAACAGGCUGCUCAUAAAUGAGAUAAAUCACAACCAUGAGUCUAAGAUCCCUGACAACCUCAGCAGAAAUGUGGGUCUGAUCAGAGAGCUCAACAAUAAUAUCAGGAGGGUGGUUGACCUGUAUGCUGAUCUUUCAAGUUCCUUCACCAAAUCCAUGGAUACUUCUUCUGAGGGAGACUCCAGUGGUGCUUUGAAAUCUGAUGCAAAAGCUGGGCACAAGCGGAUUAGGCCUGCAUAGAGAUCAUAAUUGUCUUCUUGAUUCUUUUGCAUGGUGGGAAGAAAAGAGAUUCACAAUUCUGUUGAGAUGGUAGAAAAAAAAAAUUGAUUAGAUUCUGUAACUCUACUGUAUCUGUGAACUAUCCCUAGAUCUUCACUCACUUUCUCCUUACAUUUGUUAGAUAAUAAUUUCCCAGAAUUCCUAUUUCAUUGUAAGUCUGUAACUGUGGAUCUAAUUGAAGGAAAAAAAAAGAAAAAAAAGGG